CUCUAUCGUACCAAAUCAAAAGCUUCCUAUGCUCUUUCUCUUUUCUCUCUCCAAUAAUCACUUUUACAUUCAGGCGGCAGACGUUGUCUAAAUCAGAGAGCGAUUUAUCAUUUAAUGAGUUCGACUCCGAGAUCUUUGAUUUAGAAAAAAGAAUCGAACAGUUGAAUGACGAUAAAAUCGAUCAUUCCUUCAUAAAAUACGUUAAAAAAACGGUACCGGCGAUUAUCCACAAGCUGCCGGAACAGCAGCAGAGCAACAAUAGCACCAACAGCAAAAUUUCCUCAACCUGGAAAACGCCUUAUUUGGUUCGACACGCCAUUCACCCCUAUUUGUCUUAUACACUAACUACGCCCAUGCUUUGUAUAUACCAUUACAUUGAAGUAAUCUUUCAAUUUGGACAAAAGUUUGAAGAAAUCAAAAUGAAAGUACCUGUCAUUGUUGCUUCAAUUCCAGUCCAGAAUAGUCUACCUAGUUCCGAGAUGAUUAAAUAUACAUUUGAAGAAAAUCGGCGGGCAGAGUACUUGGAAUAUAGUUUAGAGAAUAGUACUGGAUCCCAGUUGACCGUACAACAGCAGAAAUAUAGCAGGAGAUCUCAGGAGCAUCAGCGGCAACAACAACAAUUCGUGACUUCCGAUUCAUUGCCAGUGCAAACAUGGCAUAGCAAUAACAACAUUCAUGAUGGAAACAACAAAAUAAGUCGUGGCUCACAAAUUUUACAAGAGAAGCUUGCGCAGUUUGCUAAUGAUAAUAGUGGUACCAGCAGCAACAGAAUUAGACAUGAACAUAUUGACAGGAAGAAAAACAACUGUACAUUUAUCGCUUCCAGUAAAAUAAACCCCCAAAAGAAACACGAUGAUCUUCAAAGUUUGCCUAGAAUAGCUGUGUAUUCUUCUGCAACAGAGUCGUUAACAGCACAAGGUCAAUUGAGGAAAAUUGCGUCGGCACAGGAUCUAAGCAUAAACAGGGAUUUGGGAGGUAAUAUUCACCAAUCUAGCAAUAUGAAUGAUGAAAAGAUUGAAAUAAACGAGGAGCGACCUAGAACUGCUACACCUACCAUGAGAAGCGGACAUCAAUGUUUAUCGAAUAAAAAAAAGCCCUUGCUACAACCUAUCGAUGUAUAUUUAGCUAAUGGCGGCAAGAAUUUCGGUCGAACAUUACACUUGACGGAGCGUCCUUUACCUCCCGUACCAGGCAGCAGCAAAUACGAAAUGAAUUUCUACUCUCGUUCUUCUGAUGAUAUAUUAGUUACUAAUCGACGUGGUGAAGUACAGCAGCAACGACAAGGGCUAGCAUUUGGAAUUGGAGCGGCAGCAAUAACUAACAAAUUUUGGCAAAGCUAUGAUAAUAACAUCAAUGUGAAAUACCAACAACAAGAGAUUAGCUCUUUACAUAACGAUUCUGAUUUCAGCUCAUCUUCAGUAACAAUUUCUAUCACCAACAGAAGUAAUGAAGACGAUGGUGUUCCCAGUCUACAAUCGCGACCUCCUUCACCCGCAUUCUGCCCAGCACCUGGUUUACCUGCUACCAUCGCGUUGAGGCCGCAGCAGCAGGAUCAUCCCAUAAGAGCUGUCGAGGAAUGGUUCCCACCUCUUCCGAAUGACGCUACAGGAAUGUUAAGCGCUACUAAUGGUAAUUUGACUGGUGAUAACAGGGAAGAAUUCAUAACUAUCUCCCCGACGAUAAACACAAUCGCCUCUUCAACUGUACUGUCACCGAAUGCUGCUCUUGCCUAUUAUAAUAACAAUGGUAUUGCUCAACAAGAACAACAAAAACGAUUCGCUUUGUCAACGAUUUCGUCACUAAUAAAUGAUCCGUUGCAACGCUUGAGCCCUUCUCCGUCUUUGACAUCCUAUAAUAACAAUGUGGUUUAUAACAGCAGCCACCAAAAUAGCUGCAAUAUCAAUAAGAACAGUGUACACUCUACUAUGAUGUCGUUAGCGACAGUACCAAAAAGGAUGCGCUCCUCAUCUUCUGUUGACCCUGAUAUGCAGCAAUUUUUUAUAAAAACUACCGCUAUGGAUCAUUAUCCUUUGACUAGCAACAAUGACAAUAUACGCCCGAUGCACAUCCCUCAUUCUCCUUCGACGAUCCAUCGUUUUAAACAUGAACAAUUACCUCCUCUACCAUCGAAAGCAAGCAACAGCAGUAGUAGUAUGAGCAUUACAACCCCCAGUAGCUCCUUCAGACAUCAAAUCCGCGAUAACAACAUUAACCCUUCGGUCUCCAAGGAUGAAGAAAAUGUAAAUAAACGAUUAACACUGAUCUAUUUAGAGGAUAGUGAUGAGGAAGAAGAGGAAGCGGACACAGAAUCAACCAAAGGUAGCAAAGAAGAAAAGAAGCAUGGCACAGCCAACUUAAUCAUGAAUAACAAUGAGAACAGUGUUUUAGAAGAACAGCCUCCUCGGCAAUCAUUCCAACUUACACCAACUUGUAUACCACCGAGACGCGCAUCAUCUUUAGGAAUUCCUAAUAAUAUACCACUACCUACAACUAGUCCUACUUUUAUUAAUAAUAUACAUAAUCAAACAACAUCUAUCACUGCAACUACCAAUACUAAUACCACCGCUACAACAAUGAAUCAUCUUAUUGAUGAUGGCAGAAGCAUCGAUACAGAGGAAGAAUCAAACAAACUUGAACUUUUUGAGAACUUGACACCACCGGAAUUGCCUAGAUUAUCCUUUGGGAAUGACUUUAGUAAAGAUUUUGGUUUAUCAUUAGGGUUGAAUUUUUAACCCUCUUUAUAAAAAUGAGAAAAAAAGUAUUAAUAAAAAUUAAUCACAAUCUGAGAUGCGGAUCUAUUGUCGCAUAUCGAACGACUAUCUUCGA